AUGUGGUGGAUGGAUCUUUUAUGUACAAAACAUUCACAAGGGUCACAAAUUCUUGACAAGAUAGCAGAACAUAAUCAAGCUUGGCACUCGGAAGAUACCACGGGUGGAAUUGCAUACGAUACUCCCUAUUUGACCAACAUGAUUAAGGAGAACCAAGAGAGAGAUCAAGUAAUUACCGAGCUUGCCACCAACUUUAAUGUGUUAACCAAGAUGUUCACUGAAAGCCAACCAAAAAAGGUAAAUGUUGUGGAAGAUGUGCAACUCUUGUCAAACGAAGAUUGCGAGGAAGCAAAUUAUGUCCAUAAUUCUCAAGGCGGUUACCAAAGACAAUCCUACCAAGAUCCCGGACAACAAAAUAAAUGGAGGCCUAACACGCAAGGGCAAGGCCAUCAACAGCGGCAAAAUGAUCAAGGUGAUUCUUCAAGUCAAGGUAAUUGGAGUAACAACACCAACAACUAUUAUAACCGGAGUUCAAACCCCUAUGUUUCACCAAAGGGGAAAAACUCUAACUCUUCACAUUGGAAGGAAAGUUCUUCAAAUGAGUCCAAAUUGGAGAACAUGCUUGAAAGAGCAUUGCAAAAUCAAGAAAGAAAUGACACUUCAAUGAAGAACAUGGCCGAACUUGUGGGGUCACACACUGCAUCCAUACAAAACUUAGAAAUGCAAAUGAGAGAUCUAUCAAGAGAGCAAAAUCCGAAGCCAAAAGUCGCACUCCCAAGUGACACAAUUGCAAACCCAACAGGUAAUGAGAGUGGACCGACUUCUCAUUGUAUGGCAAUCAUAACUCGAAGCGAAAAAGUACUUCAAGGAGAGAAUGAACAAAUGGUUGAAGUGAAUGAUCUUGAACAAGAGGUUGAGGCACAAGUUGAGGUGCCAAUUGUUGUUGAAGUUAAAAAGCUCCCAAAGGAAGUGAAAGUCCAAGAAGUGAACCGUGAAGAGGUCAAGGAAAAGGUAAAAGAGGCACCAAAAGCUCUAGCACCAAUUCCUAGACCUCCUCCCCCUUUCCCUCAAAGACUUUCUAGGAGGGUUGAUGAUAGCAAACUCGAGAAAUUCUAUGACAUUCUCAAGCAAUUAUCGAUGAACAUUCCAUUUAUGGAAGCAUUUCAAGAGAUGCCGGAUUUUGCUAAAUACUUGAAGGACUUGAUCACCAAGAAGAAAACCACCAAGAAUGAAGUGGUAAAUGUGACUCACCGGCAAGAGGGGUUAGGUAUGCCGCGGCCUACAAGCAUGAGGUUGCAAAUGGCCGAUCGUUCAAUCAAGAGACCGGUGGGGAUCGUUGAUGAUGUCCUUGUGAAAGUGGGAAAGUUCCUCCUUCCCGCUAAUUUUUUGAUCCUUGAUUGUGCUGUUGAUAAAGAAAUCACUAUCAUCUUGGGGAGACCAUUCCUUGCUACCGGAAGAGCAUUUAUGGAUUCGGAAAGAAAUGAGAUCAAGUUCCGAGUUAAUGAUGAAGAGGUAACCUUUCAAGCAAGUAAGGGUAUGAAGUUUCCACAUUCAUAUGAGAGCAUCUCAGUCAUUGAUGUCGUUGAUGAGGUAGAAGGCGAAAUUGAGAUGAAGAUGGAAGAAGAAUGCCUUGGUGAGGCUUUGGCGGCUAUAUUGGUGAAUUUUGAUGGUGAAGACAUGGAGGAGUACAUGGAAUCGGUGAAUGCAUUAGAAGGAUGUGGGUCCUACACUUAUGCACCACAGAAACUUUCUCUUGACUUAGAGAAUAGAGCCACUUCCCCCACCAAGCCUUCAAUUAUUGAGCCACCACAACUUGAGCUCAAGACAUUUCCACCGCACUUAAGGUAUAAAUUUCUUGGCUCUAAUGAUACCUUACCGGUAAUCGUUUCUUCUUUGUUGAAUGAUAUGCUGGUAGAUCAUUUAUUGGAUGUCCUAAGGGAACACCGACAAGCCAUUGGUUGGACUAUAGUGGAUAUCCGAAGAAUUCCCGCCGGAAUUUGUGAGCACAAGAUACAAUUGGAGAAAGAAAGUAAACCUAGCGAGGAGCAUCAAAGAAGGUUAAACCCUUCCAUACAAGAGGUGGUGAAGAAAUAA